AGAGUUGUAGCUGAAGGGGAAGCGUAGGCAGAGAGAGGUAUCAAGCAACAGGUUGGCAGGAGCUGUUUGUAUAGCAAGGGGAUAUCCAUAGCAAAAUGCCUUGGGUGGGAGUCCAAGGCCAGGAAACGAGGUUUUAAAAAUGAUUGGAAGAGAAAGUGUUUGGAUGGGAAAGAUUAAAGGAUUUAUACUGAGAAGGAAAUAGCUGUUUUGUUUUCGGUCUGUGUAGGGUGAGUCUUGAUAGAGAAAGUGUGGGUUGAGACAGCCUAGUAUUCAUGGCCCUGACACCUACUUUCUGCCCAGCCUCUUGUUUGUUUCUACUAACUUCUGCUUGGCAUGACUCACUAGUUCAUGUCGUCAUUGCUCUCAUGUGGCAUCACUCAGCCAACACUGUCCUCCUUUUCAUGGCAUUUUUCAGCAUCUUAACAGCUGUACAUUUUGAAUAGCCCAUAACGUAUGGGUGAGGAACUUAUGCCCCUUCAGAUGUUGGACUCCAGUUCCCAUCAUCCUUGACAAUUGGUUGUGUUGGCUGGAGGUGAUGGGUAUCGGAGUGUGGAGAAGACGUUUGUCAGGCUGAUAUUCACAUCCCCUAAAAAAAAAAUUUGCAUGUCCCUCAUCUAUCUACAUUUGGCAAAUGACAAGUCUACUUUUGCACAUUUCUCUGGACUGAGGUAUCUAUGGAAACAGUUCCCAGGCUCAUGAGAGGUGAGGAAUGAGAACUUGUUGGGCCAUCCCAGGCCGGCCGCCAAAUUCCUGGCCCUGAGGAGGUGGGAGACCUGUCUUCUGAGGCCUGCCAUGGAAUGCUCACUGCUUGAAGGAACGUCACAGGGGGGAACGCAUCCACUGUGUGCCUUUGAGAGGCAUGUCAGGCGGCGAAAAAUCCUCAUAUACAGGCCUGCUCCUGAGGAGCAUGGAUCCCCCACCCUGCAGGAGAAACAUCUUGAGAUAGGUGGAACAUCUCUCCUCCCUUGUGGGGCUGCAGGGUGGUCACCCAGUAAGAGGCAACGGCUUCAGAAGGGCUCACCCCCAAUGGCAAAAAGGAAUGAAAGUCCUUUCUGUGGGGCAGGAGAGAGCUUGUGGCGUGUGGCAUCUCCCAUGGAGAAGAAGCAACGGAGGGUGCUGGCGGUUGACCUGGAAGAUCUUUCUAUCACCAAAGUGCCUGGGGAUCCACAAAGGUGCUCAUCUCUACGAGGACUUGCCAUAUCACCCUGCAUAAAUUCCUGCCAGCCAGUGAUCACGAAGGCAGAUGGAGCUUCUUGUUCAACAAAGGGUCAGAGUAGUACCACAUGCAGUUCAACUUCACCUAAGAGAAAUUCAACUUCCCCUAAGGGGGCCUCCCUAUCCCACGAGGAGCCUCAGGAGAACUGGAGCCAUGUGUGCCGGCAGCUGUGGGACCAGAGGCAGUCUCCUUCGUGCCGUGAGACAGAGCGCCUGCAAGUCAAGCGGCAGCGUCUGCAGAAUGGAUUUUCCCCAGUCAGCAAGACAGAAGCCAUCAGUAUGGAGGGCUCUUCUUUGAGCCGAGCCCUGGAUGCCGGCGCUGGCAUGGAGCAGCUGGAGACCUCCCCACCCCCCUGUCGGAGCGAUCGGUGGAUAUUACAUUGCCACUCACCUUCUUCACACACGGACAAGCCAACCCCUCCCGACCUGUGUGAAAACAGUCAUCAGACAGAUGUGUCAUCGGAAGCAGCCAAAGCUCCUUCUUCCUGGCCUCCUUCCACUUCGACUUUCUUGCGUCCUUCAGUGGUCCCACGUUUCCAGCACUGGGGCCUGGCCCCUGUUUUCCAGAGUGUGCGUUCGAAACUGGAGGCUUUCACUGACAUCUUCCUGAGCCCGUCCAAGCCUGCGCUUCCAUCCACUGAGGGACCGCCUUCCUUGACGCUAGGCUCUCAGAAAAAUGAGGACCAGGCAGCAGCCCAGCUGGGAACCCCACACAGAAGAGUCAACAUUGAGGUGAAAAUUGCCAUCUCAGAACCUCAUCCCCGGAAGAGAAGUUGCCACCAAGAAGAAGAGGAGGAGGAAGAGAUGGGCAGCCUGGUGGUGAGUGGGCGCCCUCCUAUCAGCCAGUGGCGCUUGAAUGAAGGAGAUCCAGCUCCUCAGCCCCGCCUUGGACGCAGCUACUCCUGCCCAGAUUUCCCUGGGGCCCGAUCCUGGCAAGACUCCCCAGUGGCCAUUUCCCCAUCCUCACAGCAGCGACAGCGCCGGCACACUGUCUGCAGUCUGGAAGUAUCGCGAGAGCUGGGUCGUCCCACUCCACCCUGCCUACGAAAGGAGGUGUACCCAUUCAGCACACCCCCUGCACGAUUCCUGGCACAUUCGGUCAGUGGUGAUAGCUCCUCAUAUACUUCUCCUGUGCCUUCCUGCUGCCGGGAUUCCGAUCCAACUCUUUCCAGGAACCUCUCCACCUCCCCUGAUGGUGGACAAAGAGUGCCUGGGGUUGGCCUGGGCCUGGGUGACUCCGAGUUGGUCACAUCAGAGCAGAUGAUACUUGCAGAGGAUGAGUUGAAGGUCUCACAGGACAACACCACAGGGAAGGUAUCCUGCAUAAGGAUUCGCAAGACGCCAGCCAGGCAGCAAGCAAAUCUCACUCCAAUGGGGCUUCCCCGGCCUGUCAGGCUGAACAAGAAGGAGUUCAGUCUGGAAGAGAUCUACACAAACAAGAACUACCGCACCCCUACAGAGAAAAGGUCAUUUGAAACCAUCUUUGAGGUGCCAUUGGAGCGCAACGGGGCCCUCAUCUUUACCAGUCAGCGCAAGUUGAAGCGGGCUGUGGAGUUUCGAGAAGGUGGCCUUCCCCGCAAGCAGCGCAAAGCCCGCACUCGAGGGGGGCGCAAGGCUGGAGGACGGCGGGCUCAGCCACAGCCUCCUGAGCUGGAGGAGCGGCUGCGGCAGCGGCUGGCUGAGCUGGAUGCCCUGUUUGAGGACGAAUAAGAGCAGAACUAACUAGGGGAAGGGGGUGAUGGCCUUGGAAGCUCUUGCUUUCCUCUCCCUCGUCUCCCCAGUGAAACACCUCUUCCCAGAGGGCUGUUCGUUUUUUAAACCACCAACCCACCAUUUUACCACUCCAGGCUUCUCCUGUGGUUUUCUGUAUUCCCCAUUUUCCCAGACAAAUUGAUCUCUGGUGACUGUGGCCACCACUUUCUCCUCCUCUGCUUAGGUAGUGUUGCUAAGCCAUGGAGGUGGUUCCUUUGAAAAUGCCAUCUGGACACUUGCCAUGCUGCCUGUGCUGGCACCAUGUCAGUUCCCUGUUGCUCAGUCCUUGAGCUCACAACCCAAGAGGAGGCAUAUUUAUGAUGCCCCAAAGUUGCCUGUUCUCUGUAUUCCACUUCCUGCGCACAACCUGACCAUCAGUGCCAUAUGCGAGGUAUCGAUCCAGUGCUCUCUGGUACUGUGCCAUCCUCUAGAGACUUGGGCCAUCAAGAGAUGAGCCUAACUCUGUGAGAAGCAAGUCUCUCACAUUUUGGGGCUGCCAUCUUCACCAAAACAAAAUAAUGAGCGCGGAAUGCACAAGCCCAAAGAAACGGACAGGACAAAAAAAAAAAGGGUCUGUUAGGAAGGAAGCGGCUGCAUGCCUAUUAUGGGGCAAGAGAUGAUGUGCGGAAGAAGGUUAAACCUUGGAAACGUUACCCCUUUGGAUUACAUCUCCCAGAGUCCUCCAGGCCUCACGGUGGCCAUGCUGGCUGGAGGGUUUUAGGCGCCGUAAUCCAAAAGAAGAAUGUUUUUAAACUCUGGGAGAUGUGUCAAGAGGCUGGGUAAAAAGGCACGUUCCCUUGCGCUUUAUUAAAACACUGGCAGUCUGUGAAGGAAUAGCUGGAAGCACAUCAGGUUUACAUCCUCAGCGAGGGCUUGAGUAUCCCAAGCUCCGGUCAGUUUGCUGGGACCGUUCUGUUAAGCAUGAAGGGCGUUCGUUUGCGUUUUGUAUUAAUCUAUAUUUCUAAUAAACUUUUCAGCUUGGGAAAAAAA